AUGGCAUCACUCACCAACAACCAAGCCAAGUUUGAUCUUGAACAACAACCAUCAACAAUAACAACACUAGAAGUUGAAACAAAAGACUUUGACUACUCGAAAAGAUCACAAUGGCUACGCGCGGCAGUUUUAGGCGCGAACGAUGGAUUAGUCUCUACAGCUGCGCUGAUGAUGGGAGUCGGGGCAGUCAAACAAGACAUCAAAGCUAUGAUCUUAACCGGGUUUGCCGGGCUGGUAGCCGGUGCGUGUAGCAUGGCUAUAGGUGAGUUUGUUUCGGUUUAUUCGCAAUUGGAUAUUGAAGUGGCUCAAAUGAAAAGAGAGAAAGAAAGAGGAAGAGAAGUUGGUGAUGGUGAAGAGAAGGAAAGUUUGCCUAAUCCUUUACAAGCUGCAGCUGCUUCAGCUUUGGCUUUUUCUAUUGGUGCAAUGGUGCCAUUGCUUGCAGCUUUUUUUAUAAGUGAUUAUAAGGUGAGACUUGGUCUUGUUGUGGCUGCAGUUAGUUUUGCUUUGGUUGUUUUUGGUUGGUUUGGGGCUGUGUUGGGUAAGGCUCCAAUAUUUAGGUCUAUUUUGAGGGUUUUGAUUGGUGGUUGGGUGGCUAUGUCUAUUACUUUUGGGCUUACUAAGUUAAUUGGGACAAGUGGUCUUUAG